AUGGCAGCGCGGAAGCGGAAGACGCUGCAGGGCCAGGAAGCCCCGCUCUAUGCCGGCCGGGUUCCGGGCUCAGAGCCGCCCGCUGCGAUGCCGAGCCCCCGGAGGAACGUCGAGGGAAGGCCGCUGGGCGCCUCCACCUCGAGCAACAGCAGCAGCCCGGGGAGCCCGGCCCAUGGAGGCGGCGGCAGGUUCGAGUUCCAGUCCCUGCUCAGCAACCGCGCGGCGGGCGCGGACCCCCUGUGCGCUCGGCUCCGCGCGUCCGAGAGCCCGGUGCACCGCCGCGGCUCCUUCCCGCUGGCCACCGCGGGCCCGUCGCAGGCCUCCGCGCCUCCGCUGCCGGAGGAAGACCGCAUGGACCUGAACCCGUCCUUCCUGGGCAUUGCCCUGCGCUCUCUGCUGGCCAUCGACCUCUGGCUGUCCAAGAAGCUGGGGGUGUGUGCAGGGGAGAACUCGGCUUGGGGCAGCGUGAGACCCCUCAUGAAGCUACUGGAGAUUUCGGGGCACGGCAUCCCAUGGUUGCUGGGCACCCUCUACUGCCUGUCCAGGAGCGACAGCUGGGCCGGGCGCGAGGUGUUGAUGAACCUACUCUUCGCCCUGCUGUUGGACCUCCUCUUGGUGGGCCUGAUAAAAGGGUUGGUCCGAAGGCGCCGCCCGGCCCACAAUCAGAUGGACAUGUUUGUUACCCUCUCGGUGGACAAAUACUCCUUCCCCUCGGGCCAUGCCACAAGGGCUGUCCUGGUGUCGAGGUUCAUCCUGAACCACCUGGUACUGGCCAUUCCACUGAGAGUGUUGGUGGUGCUGUGGGCCUUUGUCUUAGGUCUCUCCAGGGUCAUGCUGGGCCGACACAAUGUCACUGAUGUAGCUUUUGGCUUUUUCCUGGGCUACAUGCAAUACAGCAUUGUGGACUAUUGCUGGCUGUCACCCCACAAUGCUCCCUUCCUCUUUGUACUGUGGAAUCAACAAUGACACCAUCUCACAUAAAUGGUGGCACUGGGAAGUCUGAAAGUCUGCACAUUCGAUGACGCCACAUUCGGCCUCUUUUGGAUAUUUCAGGCUUCCUUCGGGAUUAACAUAUCACCAACUUGAUAUGUUACUAAAUCAGAGCACGUGUAGGCCAUUAGUAAACACAGCCAUAUUAGGGAAAGCAAAAAAUCCUUCUGUUAUAUGUGUAUUCAACAAUUGUUUCUAUGUCCAGGAAACUGCAAAGAAACCAAGCUGUGAUUAUAUGGUUGCUGUUUUUAAAAAGCUGACAUUUAAGAUCUGUGCUGUGUACUAACCCCCAAAAUCAACAUAUCACUUGUAAAUUGAAUCGGGAGAAAUAAACACGAUCUUCAUUCCAUAAAUAUAUAUAUGCAGAUAAGCCAUAUACUAAUUCUAGUCCUUUUCCUGAGAUGAUGUGAAACAGUAUUUUAAAAAUUGAAAGCAUAGGUUUUCCUAGUUUAUUCCCUGAAGACCUGUUAUCACAAUUGAGGAAAUUCCUUCUUAAUCCUGAUUCUCUUGCAUUUGGAGAGCUGAUGAAGAACCUAGAGAAGAAGCACUUAAAGGUGGGCAUAUGUAAACUGCCCACAGAAAAGUAAGGAUGAGAUUAGGACUUCAUGCUAAUUCUGUGGACAAGUAGCAUGGCAUGACAGAGGACAAACAAGCCAGGCUGCUGGGCAAAGUCUGAGGAACAGAGUUUACAGGUAUGCUAACCACAUAUUAUGUCAAUGACCGAUAUGACAGGAAAUGGGGUCCUGGUACCCGUCAUCUCUACUGAAUAAUGUUUAAAGUAAUAAAUAACAUGAUUUUUUCAAUACAAA